AUGGUUGAAUUACAAAUCAACUGGUUGGUUAAAGGGGCUGGCGUCGAUUUGAAUGGCUGUGGACGUCGGCGUCGAGUUCAAAGGCUUGGGUCUGGCGGAGAUGAAGAGGAAACAAAAAAGCUGAGGCUAGGGUUUAGGGCUUAUGGGAAGAGGAAGGCAAA